AUUUGACUGUUAAUGGAUCACCAAGCUGGAUGGAAUCAGAUCGACUCGAGCCAACGAAGAGAGACGAUCCAAAGGUUUUGAUAUAGCAGUCAUCCUCGGCAGAGCUUCUUGCGAGCCUUUCUAAAUCGGCAAUUGUAUACUUUCAACAAAGACAUUUUGAAAGAUGGGGGUGAUGGAAAAAAUAAAGGAGAUUGAGGCCGAGAUGGCGAGAACUCAGAAAAAUAAAGCAACAAACUCUCAUCUUGGUCUUUUGAAAGCCAAGCUAGCUCGAUUGCGAAACGAACUUUUUGUGGAGCAGUCAGGAGGUGGUGGCGGCGGUGGAGAAGGGUUCGACGUUGCUCGCAACGGUGACGCCAGAAUAGCCUUGAUUGGUUUCCCAAGUGUUGGAAAAUCGUCUCUACUCAAUAGCCUGACGACAACUGAAUCAGAGGCCGCGGGGUACGAAUUUACGACGCUGACUUGCAUUCCAGGUGUUCUUCGGUACAAGGGAUCAAAAAUGCAGGUACUUGAUUUACCUGGAAUUAUCGAAGGUGCAGCCCAUGGAGCAGGUCGAGGUAGGGAAGUCAUUGCUGUUGCUCGAUCGGCGGACGCUAUUUUGAUUGUUCUGGAUGCCGGUAAGGAAGGACUCCAGAAGCAUCGUGAAAUUUUGGAAAGGGAAUUGGAGACUGUAGGAAUUCGUCUCAAUCAAAGAGCCCCGGACGUAACUUUGACAAAGCGAAAGGCUGGAGGUGGUGUACGAUUCGCCUCAACUGUUCCACAGCCCCUUCUGGGUGUAGAGCCAGAGAAGCUUGUGACACAAAUUUUGCGCGAGUAUAGAAUCACAUCCGCGGAUAUUUUGGCACGUGAAGAAAUAACCGUCGAUCAGCUUGUUGAUGUAAUACAGGGAAAUCGCGAAUACAAGCCAUGCCUAUACCUCUACAACAAGAUUGACACUGUCACCGUUGAAGAAGUCGACCAGCUAGCUCGUAUGCCUUAUUCAAUUGUUGGGAGUGUGGCUCAAGGUUUCAACAUAAGUGGACCCUUCGAAGACGAUCGUUUGAAACAAAUGAUGUGGGACUAUCUCGGUCUUACCCGUGUUUACACGAAACGCAAAGGAUCCCCUCCCGAUGUGGACGAACCAGUUGUUUUGUCAGAGAUUCGAAAGGGAACAACAGUGAAAUCGCUUUGUUCCAACGUCUCCUCAGAAUUGCUGCGCGACUUCAAUUAUGCCCUAGUGUGGGGUACCAGCGCAAAACAUGCUCCGCAACGAUGUGGACUAAAUCAUAUUUUGGACGAUGAAGAUGUGGUACAGAUCGUCUCGAAAACGCCACACAGCAAACCUGCGAGGGUGGCUGAUAGGAAUCGAAUGGCUACGAGCCAUCUUACUGACGCCAAGCCAGCUCCGUAA